GAUCUAAGAUUUUGGAUACAAUAUUCAUCUUCAUAUGAUGAUAUGAAUAUAUAUGUGUGUGUGAAUAGUUAUAGAUAUUAAUAUAUUAUCUAUCAUGGUGUCCGUGUGUAACAUCCCUAUACAUCAUUACUAACCCAACACAGCUUUUGGAUUUUUUUUUUCUUAAUAAAAAGCUUUUGGAAUUUAAUUAGACCCAAGAGCCAUUCGAUCCAUUUCUUAUAAUUAAAAGAAGCUUCUAACAGGAUUUGGUUUUGGUCCCAAGAAAAAAAACCAAAAGGUUGUGACUUGUCUAAGGUUUUCGCAAUGGCUUAAGUUUAUAUAUAUACAAAUAUAUUUUCCUUCAUAUCAUUCUCUCCUCUCUCAUUUCUUCAUCUCGUUUCUUACUCAUUUCUCUAACAAUUUCCCUAAUUAUAUACGGUUAUAGAUCAUUUGGAUGGACAACAUAAAGCAAUCGUGUGUGCCACCGGGAUUCCGAUUUCAUCCAACAGAGGAAGAGCUCGUUGGUUAUUACCUAGAUGGGAAGAUCAAUUCAAUUAAGAGUGCUUUAGAUGUCAUUGUAGACAUUGACCUCUACAAAAUGGAGCCAUGGGAUAUUCAAGCGAGAUGUAAACUAGGGUAUGAAGAGCAAAACGAGUGGUACUUCUUUAGCCACAAGGAUAGGAAGUACCCGACCGGGACUAGGACCAAUAGAGCAACGGCCGCCGGGUUCUGGAAGGCCACCGGUAGAGACAAGGCGGUACUUUCAAAGAAUAGUGUCGUAGGAAUGCGGAAGACACUUGUCUACUACAAAGGUCGAGCUCCUAAUGGAAGAAAAUCAGAUUGGAUCAUGCACGAAUACCGCCUCCAAAACUCCGAGCUUGCCCCGGUUCAGGAGGAAGGUUGGGUGGUGUGUCGAGCAUUUAGGAAGCCGAUUCCAAACCAGAGGCCAUUAGGGUACGAGCCAUGGCAGAACCAGCUCUACCACGUUGAUAAUAAAAAUUACUACUCAUCUUCAGCGACAAUGAACACGAGUCACCAUAUCGGUGCCUCUUCAUCGAGCCAAAACCUUAACCAAAUGGUCAUGAGUAAUAAUCACUACAAUGCCAAUAAUCCAUCCUCAACGAUACAUCAAUAUGGCAAUAUCGAGCUCCCACAGCUAGACAGUCCUAGCUUGUCGCCAAGUCUAGGGACGAAUAAAGAUCAGAACGAGAGUUUGGAGCAAGAAGAAGAGAAGAGCUUCAACUAUGUGGACUGGAGAACACUAGGUAGCUUGCUUGAGAUACAAGCCACACAUCCACAAAACCCUAAUGUCCUUGUGUCUUCGUUAGCAACGCAGUCUUAUAACCCGGAACAGAGCUUCCCUUCCAUGCAUCAAAACUAUAAUUAUGAGGUCGAAGCUAAUAUUCAUCAUCCAUUUGGAUGCUUCCCUGACUCCUAAUUUUUUUAAAAAGAAACUUCUAUAUUGAUUUGUAUUCUAUGAUUUAAUUGUACCAUCAAAUAGUAUUAUCUUUUUUUUUUUUUGAAUUUUAAGUGUCUAAUGUGUAAGAGAAGUUUGUGUGUAAUACAUAGAAUUUUAUUGGCGAAUUUCACAAAGGUGGAAUAUUUUUUAGUUAUCUCUUGGUCUUUUCUAUUCAUAUUUAUUUUGUUAAUGUAAUUUGUAGCAUCCAUUCUACCCCCUUAGUUCCAAGAAACUGUGUUGAUAAUACCUAAAUAAUGCACGGCAGAUCUAUAUAUCGGUGGUGGCCUAUUAGAAACUUUAGUCAAAGACAAACAAACUGUACAAAUUUACCAUUUGAAAAGUCAUAUGCUCGACGUACAUAAAAACUACAAAUAUUAUAUGAAGAAGAUGAAAAAAACAGAAAUGAAACAAAACAAAUAUGAAGAAAAGGUUAUGGAAUUAAUGACAUUGUUAUUUGACCAAGAGGAACAACUACAAGAAAACAGCGAGGAUUCUGAGGGAAAAAAUCGUCGGAAUUUCGUCGGAAUUUCGUUAUUCCGACGACAUACCGACGAAACAAGUCGUCGGAAAUAAUUCCUCAGAACUUCUUCUUUCCUCGGAAAUUCCUCGGAAUUUUCCG